AUGGACGGUCAAGGUGAUCCCAAGGCGGACCGCGAGGAUUCAUCUAAGCAGCUUCAGGAGCCAGGCCAGUUAACGGACGCCACAUCAUCAUCUGAGCUGGCUGGCACGGCGGUGGACGCCACGUCACCACAGAGAGGCCACCUGGACGUAUCGCGACACAAUCUACCCCUCAGCAGCAUUGUCAACCAGGCGGCGGUGAAGGAGGCGCUGCUGGCAGCAGCGGUGGACCCGGGGCUGGGAGGGGUGGCGCUGGUGGGGGGCCACGGCACGGGCAAGACCGUCAUGGCGCGCGCGCUGCCCCUGCUGCUGCUAACAGUGCUGCGCCAAUGCCGUCCCAUUGCCGUUGUGGAGGGCAGCUGGGCCAAUGCCGACCCGCGCAUGCCGGAAGAGUGGGAGGAGGGGCUAAGGGAGAGCAUACAGCAGCGGGGGUGCGACGUGCACCAUCCACCCGUCACCCUCUGCAACCCGCCUUUUGUGCAGGUGCCUCUGGGGGUGACGGAGGACCGGCUGCUGGGGUCGGUGGACGUGGAGGCGUCCAUCCAGGCAGGGCGCAACAUCUUCCUGCCGGGGCUGCUCGCGCAGUGCCACCGCGGAGUGCUCUACAUCGACGAUGCCAAUCUGCUGGACGACGCGCUGGCGGCGCUGCUCUUCGCCGCGCUCGCAGAGGGGUGCAGUGCGGUGGAGCGCGAGGGGCUGUCCGUGCGCCACGCGUGCCGGCCGCUGCUGCUGGCGUCGUUCAACCCGCAGGAGGGCGCGCUCAGGCGGCACCUUCUCGACCGCAUCGCGCUCAUUGUGAGCACGGAUGCGCCUCUUUCAUUGGAACAGCGGGUGGCAGCAGCUGACGUGGCGAACGCCUUUCUGGACGGCAAGCUGAGGGCUGGGGGAGGGGCGAGGGGAGAUUUGAAACCUGAGAGGCUGACGUCCUCGGAAGAGGGAGAGGAGACGCGAGAGGAGGGUGAGGAGGAUGAGGAGAGUGUGGAGGAGGGGGUGGAGGCGGAUAGGCUGCGAGUGCUGUUUGCGCGACAGCUGCUGCCACGUGUCAGCAUCUCACAGGCCCAGAUUGCAUUCCUGGUGGACGCUGCUGUGCAGCUGGAGUGCGAGGGGCAGCGAGCGGAGCUGUUUGCGGUGCGGGCAGCCAAGGCACUGGCGGCGCUGAACGGGCCAGCGCAGGUCUCCCAGGCCGACCUCGUCCGAGCCGCCCAGCUGGCAAUAGUGCCACGUGCCACGGUGGCAUUGGCCAGCGAGCCCAGCAGCAGCCCGCCCCAGUCCGCCCGUGCAGCGCCCCCUCCUCCCAGCAGGCGGGCGGACGACAGCAAAGAGGAGCCGCAGGAGGAGCAGGAGGGCGAGCCGCCCGAGGUGGACGAGGAUCAGCUGGUGCCAGCAUCAUUCGUCGUGGCAGCGGAGGACACGCGGCUCGAUGCCGCCGCCCUGCAGCUGUUCCAGCGGGCGGCGCGCAUGGCGGGGCGGGCGGGGCGGUCGAAGAAUAAGAUCUACUCGGAGGAGCGCGGGCGAUACGUGAAGGCGCUGCUGCCCAAAGGAAAGGUGGUGCGUCUGGCAGUAGACGCCACGCUGCGGGCGGCGGCACCGCUGCAGCGGGUGCGGCGAGAGAGGGCGGCGAGGACGGGCGGCAGGGAGCGGCGCAUCUAUGUGGACAAGAGCGACCUGCGGCGGAAACUGCUGGCGCGGCGAGCGUCGUCUCUGGUGGUGUUCAUAGUGGACGCGAGUGGCAGCAUGGCGUUGAACCGCAUGGGGGCGGCCAAGGGAGCAGCGCUGCAGCUGCUGGCGGAGAGCUACAGCAAGCGGGACAGCAUCGCUGUCGUGCCCUUCCAUGACCAGCACGCUGACCUGCUCGUACCACCCUCCCGCGCAGUCGCUCUUGCUCACAAGCGCCUGGAGAGUUUACCGUGCGGGGGGGGCUCCCCGCUGGCGCACGCGCUGGUGGUGGCGGUGCGGGCGGCGGAGGUGGCGAGGAGGCGUGGCGACGUGGGGCAGGUGGUGGCCGUGCUCAUCACCGACGGCCGCGCCAACGUGCCACUCUCCACGUCGCUCGAGGCCCUGGAGGGGGGCGGUGGUGGCGGAGAGGGUGCCACGGGCGCAGGCGGGGAGGAGAAGCUUCCUCCUUGCCUGGAAGAUAUUAAGGAGGAGGUGCUGAGCAUAGCAGCCAAGAUGGGGGCGGCGGGCAUACAGCUGCUGGUGAUCGACACCGAGAACAAGUUUGUUUCUUCUGGCUUUGCCAAGGAGAUCGCGAAACACUCGCAAGGUGAGUUGUCCUACAGCUAG